AUGCCGAUAGAAUGGAGGGGCAUCGCGCCCGAUCGCGAACGUGCGUGGAAAAUGAACAUAGUGAAGGAAAACAAAUUGAAAUUGGAAUGGUUUAGGGAAAAUAAAGGACGGUUGAACAAACAUGCAAAUAAGGAGCUCACCCACACAGUAUCGCAGGAGACUAAAGAUAAGUUUGAACAGGAGAUGGUGGAUAUCUACAAAAACCACGAGUCUUAUCCUAGAAGAACGUUCGGCGAACCUGAUCCGAUAGAACCCAGAGCUCUGCACUUGGACGGCAGAAGGGAGUACCUGAAGAAAAGAAAACAUAUUCUACCGGAAAAUCGUUAUUAUUUACCAGAAAAUGUGAACGCUAAUUAUGGUUGGAAAAUGUUCCAUCAUAGAGCUACCAAUUACGGAUUAGGAAGGGGAUUCAUCAUCAAGCACUCGUUCUAUAGAAGACAAGGAGUGCAUAUGGAUCCAGAUUGGUAUAGGGAACCUGCUACGAACAGUCCUUCAAUUUGUACUAAAUAA